GGAUUGGGAGAUAUUUGGUUGGGGCCUAGGGAGGGGGGUGUCCAUGUUUAGAUCCAGCACAUGGGCAGGGUUGGGGGAGGCAGCUGGGGAAGUGGGGGGGCGGGAAUGUCUGAAGUUAAUUGUUAGGGAUGUGGGUGUGGCCGUGCGGAUGUUCACCAAGGGGUCCUGCGUUUUCUCUAUCAAACCUGCCCCCUUUUUCACCAGCCCCUCUUGGAUGUUGCUUGCUGUGGUUGAACUAGCCCUGGAGAAAAAAAAGGAGGCACCAGAAGAGUCUCUGGCCCCUCUGCGGAAAGAGAGAGAAGUAGACAAAGCCGAGGAGGAGCAGCAAAGUGAGGAGCUGCUGAAACAGACGGAAGUCGAGAGGCAGAAGAUCAUCUGGGAGUGGAAGGAGCUGCAGGAGUUUCUGGAGGAGCAGGAGCAGCGGUUGCUGUCCCAGCUGGAAGAGCUAGAGAGAGCCAUUGUCCAGAGAAGGGAUGAGGGCCUCUGCAAACUUUCUGGGGAGAUUUCAGUGCUCCGUGAGAGAAGAGGAGAGAAAGGACAGCAGCCACUGAGCCAAUAUUUGCAGGGUGCUGGAAGCACUGAGAGCAGGGAGGACGGGAAGUUUCAGAAGCCAGAGCUGGGGUUUAUGGUGCUGGAGAAGAGACUCUGCAAUUUCUCUCUGAAAAGUGCCGUCCUGCAAGAGGUGCUGCUGGGAUUCAAAGGAACAACCCCACGAAUGCCAGGGCCUGAAUUCUCACCUCUUCCGUCCUCUCCUUCCUCUAGAGACGCUGCGACUGGAGCUGGGGAGCGACACAGGCUGCAGAACAACAUCCACGUUUCACUCCAGAUGGGCCCAGCCUCCCAGGGGACGAGGAAGGGAAAUGGAUGCUGUGGAGCUGGCUCAGGGGCUGUUGACCUUUGAGGAGGUGGCUGUGUAUUUCACCAG